ACAAAACGUAAAGUUUCAGCCAAAAGUAAAGCUACAAAAGAGAGGGAGAAAUUCAGCUUUCUAGCUUACAGGGGACUAGAGACAAGAAGAUUACCUGAUGGCAAAAUCUAGAGGAAAGAUACGCUACAAUGUCUCACGCUUAAGAGGGAGAAAGCCUGGAGCAAGUGGCAGGAGAUUCUGUAUCGUAUGGAUCAACAGAAUGGUGAAUAAACAGGUGGAGAAGCAGAUCUCGGAGCUGCGUGAAGAAAUUCUUCACAUGCAUCUCGAGAUGAGAGUGCAGAUGGCAGCCGAGCUUAGGGAGCAUCUGGGAGAAGCUUUGGUGACGCAAACGAGAGAUACCCCCGAACCUUACUCAGCAUCUGAUACAGGGGAGAUGGAAACAAGGCAGCUUAAAGAUAAAGAAGGAAAAGAAGAAUCACUGAGCAAAGAAGAGUUAAACUCUAACCACUCAGACACAGGGUCUUAUGAGAUGCCCUAUCCAAACCGCAUGCCACCAAAACCAGAUCAAGGCCCCAGGAUAUUUUCAAGCAUGUCCCGUGAAUGCGAUUCAGUGAACAGAGACAUCAGAGAUGCAGAAAUCAAGCAUCUACCCGGUGAGGACCACGGUGCGUCACAACAGGUCCAACGUGGGCCGAUUUUUCCAUCAGGUGACCCGGCUGUCUUAGACGGCUGCAAGCUGACGAAGAAAUCAGAGGAGAAAAAAGGCCCCAAAACUCCUGUCCAGAUGUUCACAGUCGGUAAGGAGGAAAGCGUUGGGGAUAAAGCAAACGCACAAGACGAUCUGCUGAUGAAAGCUCAGUGGAAGGAGUGGCUGGACAAGCAGGAAAUGCAAGGAAACAAAAGGCAUGAACAUCAGAAAAAUGUUCAGCAAAGAUCAAUGGGUCCGUAUGCAGCAGAGAGACAAAUGACGACAGGCAAAAAAUCUGGACAAACGGGCACCAUGAAGAAAAUUACAACAUAUCUCACAGAACUUUUCAAUCCUUCUGAAACAAGCAAGUGGGAGCUACUUGAAGAGGAGGACUGACCCUCAGCUCCACAAGGAUUACUCUCUUCUCUCACCGUCCUGCUCCACGUAGAGCCUCCAACUACCGCUACUCAAUAAAUAAUGAGCAGUCUCCAGCAAACUUAUU